UUACACGGCAGUGAUUUUGUUUUACUUUCUUCUCGUACAAAUGCAGGUAUAUCUGCAGUCGAACACGGAAAUAUUAAAGGAGAGAGACGAGAAGUUGCAAGAGACAAAGCAAUCGACGCACUUCGAAAAGCUGUCUGAGGAUAUCCAAACUAAAGUGAUAAGUGAGAAGUACAAGCCAAGUGAAACAGGAGAAACUAAAGGUGCUAAUAUAGAAAAUUUGUUCGAUGGUCUUUCCGAGGGACUUAGAAAGAAAAUGACUAAGAAACUUUGCAAAGAACUGCUCAGAAAAGUGGAAGAGUUCCAGAAUUGGAAUGAUGCUUCACUGGAUGACCUUUGUGCUUAUCUGAAGCCAGUUUUCUUUAGCGAGCAGACUUGCAUUAUCCGGGAGAACGACCCAAUUUGUAAGAUGAUCUUUGUGGUUCAAGGCAAGCUGUGGAUCUACACCUCCGAUUCCAAUGAGGAUUCAACAAAUGACUCUUCGAACACAGUGCUCGAUAGACAAAGAAAUGAUCCUGUUAAUGAAGUGGUCUUCUGCGGAGAAGAACUUCUGAAUCGGCUUCAGACUAACCCUUCCACAUCAAAGUUCCCGGUCUCAAAACGAACCAUUCAAGCGCUUACAAACGUUGAUGCCUUUGUUCUUAUGGCCUAUGACUUGAAAAAUAUAUUCAUUAAGCGUCAAUGUGAGGAAUGAAUGGCUGCUCAGGGAGCGAACACAAGUAACACAAUGGAUUGGUCAGAUAGUUUCGUUGUUUGGUUUAUAAUAUAAUCGUGGUUUGUGCUAUAGGCCAGAGAUAUAUCUGAGACCUAUAGAAUUAUGUUUAUUGUUGAAUAAACAAAUUACAAAAAACAAUCUGCAUUUGCUAGAAACUUUUGCAUUUAAAUUUAAUGUAGAAACUAUAUUCAGACGAUCUGGUUUCGAUGUCCCAAGUUUGCUUUACCUUUAAUUUCAAAGAGAAAUCAACCUGUUGCUGCUACGAGAAGAACAAUCUGCAGGCAACUUUAAUUUCCAGG